UAUAAAUAUGUGCACACAUGUCUGUGAUUGUUGAGGGGGUUGUGAGUUGUUGAAGCUUUCGUGUGUGCCUGUGGUUUUAUUUUUUUUCCUUCCUAUGGGACAUGUAUACUGAUAGCUAUACGUGUGUAUGUAGCAGUGGUGUUGAGACAUUAGUGUAUUGGCUACAUUAACAACAGUAGAGGCUAAGAAAAGUUGAGGCCUGUCUUUAUUAGAGAAAUAAACUAUGUGUAGAUAGAUGAGUGUCUUUAUUAGGGAAAUAAACUAUGUAAAGAAAGAGGGGGAGAAUGAGUAGUACCCUCCUUAUAUACUUGAUUCUUGUUCACUAAUUCCUAUACACCCUCAUCACAAAAUUGUUCACUCUUUCUUCCUUUUGUCUGUCCUAUCAUCUUCCUCAAGCACUUAGAAAAUGGUGACCAAGAAACCAAAAGUUGUAAUAAUAGGGGCAGGAAUGGCAGGUAUUACAGCAGCUAACAAGCUGUACACAGCUGCAGGUUCUAAACAAUUGUUAGAGUUGUGCGUUGUGGAGGGUGGUAAUAGGAUUGGUGGAAGGAUUAAGACCUCCGAGUUUGGGGGCAGCAGGAUUGAGAUGGGUGCUACUUGGAUCCAUGGAAUUGGGGGUAGCCCUGUUUACAAGAUUGCUCAGGAUAUUAACUCACUGGAAUCACACCAGCCUUGGGAGUGUAUGGAUGAGUUCUUGGAUGAGCCAUUGACUAUUGCUGAAGGAGGACAUGACCUCAAUUCUUCCAUUGUUGAGCCCAUAUCCAAUCUUUUCAAGAAGCUCAUGGAUUUUGCUCAGGGGAAGGCUAUUGAAGAUGGUGUGUGCAGUGAAUUUGCUCAAAGUUAUAGAUCCUCCAAUGACAAUCUCAGUGUUGGUUCUUUCCUAAGGAAAGGGCUUGAUGCUUAUUGGGGUUCAAUGAAGGACCAAGAGGGAAUUGAUAACUGGAGCAGAAAAUCAUUGGAGGAUGGCAUUUUUGCAAUGCUUGAGAACACACAAAGGACUUAUACAUCAGCUGGUGAUUUGCACACUCUAGAUUUCAAUGCAGAAAGCGAAUAUCGUAUGUUUCCUGGGAAGGAGAUAACCAUUGCCAAAGGCUACUCUACUAUAGUUGAAUCUUUGGCAUCUGUUCUGCCAGCUGGUUUGAUUCAAUUAGGCCGAAAGGUCACCAGAAUUGAAUGGCAGCCUGAUGAUGGUGGUCCAUUAGAUGUCGAAAAUGGCGAUGAUACUAAGCCAGUAAAGCUACAUUUUUAUGAUGGGUCAAUCAUGUAUGCUGAUCAUGUCAUUGUCACAGUCUCACUUGGGGUUCUAAAACGAGAGAUUGGCGAUGAUUCUGGUAUGUUUAGUCCUCCACUUCCUAGUUUCAAGACUCAGGCAAUCUCAAGGCUUGGUUUUGGUGUUGUUAACAAGCUAUUCUUGCAAUUAAGUCCAACCAAAGAUGAAGAUGGCGUGAAGUUCCCAUACUUGCAGAUGGUCUUCCAUCAGUCAGACUCAAAACUAAGGCAUCCGAAAAUCCCCUGGUGGAUGAGGAGGACAGCUUCUUUAUGUCCAAUCUAUGGCAGCUCAAAUGUUCUAUUAUCAUGGUUUGCAGGUGCAGAGGCUCUUGAACUCGAAUCUCUUGAUAAUGAAGAGAUCGUUGAUGGGUUUUCGACAAUGAUCUCCGAUUUCCUAGUAAACUCAAAGCAUCUAAACAAGUUGUGCAAUGGGCAUGCAGAAAGUUGUUUCAAAUUUGAUAAGGUUUUAAAGAGCCAAUGGGGUACUGAUCCACUCUUCUUGGGGUCAUAUAGUUAUGUAGCAGUUGGAUCAAGUGGAGAUGAUUUGGAUACUAUGGCUGAGCCAUUGCCAAAAAGGAGCAAUUAUAGUUGUAUUUCCCCUCCACUUCAAAUUCUAUUUGCAGGGGAAGCAACACAUAGAACCCAUUAUUCAACAACUCAUGGUGCUUAUUUUAGUGGCCUAAGAGAAGCCAAUAGGCUCCUUCAGCACUAUCACUGUAUUGAUAUAUGAAAAAAAAGGUUUGUUGCCAUAGAUAUUAGGCAAAUUUUAUUUACUUAUUGGCUUUUCUUUUAUAUUUUUUGUUGUGACCAUCAUCACUUCCUCAUAUUUAUUUUCUAAAGAUGUUUGUUAUUAAAUUCCUAUGUAUGAUUGGAGUUUGAGGGAGAAAAAGGGAACUGUAAGAGGUUGGGAAGGAAAGUUAAAGGGUGAGAAGGGGACAUAUGAUGUACUAAUGAAUGAAUUAAAGAAGCUUCUUUUCAUUGUGCUA